AUGAUGGAAACGGAGAAGAGGGGGAAUGAGGACCAGCAGGAAGGAGACCAGAAGGCGGAGGAGAAGGAGGAGGAGGAGGAGGAGGAGGAGGAGGAGGAGGAGGAGUGGGAGAAAAACCCAAGCGGUGAAGAUGAGGAGCAGUUCUGUAAGUUUCAUCUGACAAACACUGCUCAUCGCUUCCUCUAUGAGUCGCUACAGAAGUUAUCUGCUUUUUCUUCAUAUGGAAAGAUCAGAAAAGAUGAUGUCUAGGUUAGGUAGUUUUUAAUAGUUGCAUAUUUUCUGAGCCAUGUAAAAGGUCUUUGGACAUGCCUACAUGAUUCAGUGAACUGAAGGUAGUGUCGUGAGAUUGCCUAGGAAGCAUAGGAACGUAGAAUAAUGAAUGAUAGAAGGCGCUGCUCUAGAUUAAUAAAAAAAAACUCCCUGAAAAUUAUGUCAAUUGAGUUCGUGAUUUGCUAUAUGGUCUGCCAUGAGUAACAAGCCCACAGGCUGCGUGAUAGAAAGUCCUGCAUUUCGAAUGUAUUUCAGAUGACAUUGAAUUGAGCUGCUCAGACGAAAAAGUGGAGAAUGUGGAGGAAGGAGCGACCUUCCCAAUCGGCAUUGCGGACAAUGCCGUCGAAGAGACGUUAAAACCUGUGGUUGUAAAAGGUGCGUACAUUUGCCAGAAUGUUAAACGAUUUAUGCUAUUCAAUCAUGAGCGUCAAGCGUAG